UCAGUCCACUGCCAAUCCUCUAAUGGUACGAGGCUUCGGCACCGGAAGAAACAGAGGCAUCAUCUUCAUCGUCGUCAUCAGCAGCAACAACCAGAAGAGAAAAAGCUAGCGCGUCAAGACCCUCGACUCCACUGUAGACCUUUCUUCGAAUUCUUCUCCUUUGCAAACCUGUUUAGCUCUCUAGAAUCUUCAUUCCCAUUUCUCUUUCAACCCUAAAUUUCUGAGAGUUUCGUUUUCCACGGUUUUGUUUUUUUUCCCUCUUUCGAAUUCCCAUUCGGUCCCGGCUAUCCCCUUUCUACGAGAUUUCUAUAAAAAACCUAGCUUGAAAGAAGAACCUAAUCUAUGGGCCCUUGCUGUGUAGCUCGGGAUUCGUCCCCCGUUGGCAGGAAUCAGAAUUCGUUCAAAACACUAGCUUUGGUUUGUGUGCGAAUCAUGCUUCACAGCUUCUAAUAGUGGCUUGAUGCUGGGAGCAGUAUGCCGGUGAUUGUUGGGAGAAAUGCAAAGAUAUCAGGCUGCCAGCUGCACUAGUGCAGUUAGUAACAGUGCAUUAGGUGGGCCAUUAGCUAGGGAUACUGCCCGUGCUGAUUCUUCUCCAUUGCCAGCUAACUUUGCCCUGAAUUCUCUGCGGCCAUCUCAACAAACUCCGUACAAGUUGAAGUGUGAUAAAGAACCUCUUAAUUCCCGAAUUGGGCCACCUGACUUUCACCCCCAAACUACAACUUGUCCUGAGGAGACUCUCACCGGAGACUAUGUACAAUCUGGUUACAGGGAGACCAUUGAAGGAAUUGAGGAAGCUAGAGAGAUCUCAUUGACUCAGGUUCAAGCUUUUUCUAAGCCUGUGACUGUCAAGUGCAAAGAGGCUAUCAGAAAAUGUCUCAGGGCCAUCAAUGAAUCUCGUGCUCAAAAGCGGAAGCCUGGUCAGGUUUAUGAUGUGCCUCUUUCUGGUUCACAGUUAACUAAACCUGGCAUCUUUCCUGAACAAAGAGCAAGCGGUGAAGACUUUCGGAAGAAAUGGAUUGAGGGCCUGUCACAACCACACAAACAACUACGUUCUUUGGCCGAUGACGUUCCUCAUGGAUUUAGGAGGAAAUCUCUGUUUGAAAUUCUAAUUAGGAAUAAUGUUCCAUUACUGAGAGCAACUUGGCUUAUCAAAGUCACUUAUCUUAAUCAGGUCAGGCCUGGUUCUGCAAAUAUCUCUUUGGGAGCUCCUGACAAAACUCAGCUAUCCCGCACUGAGCUCUGGACAAAAGAUGUUAUUGAUUAUAUGCAAUAUCUCCUUGAUGAUUUUUUCUCAAGAAAUAAUUCUCAUUCUACUCAUAGCAGAGAUCGAUCGCCACAAGUGCCUUACGCUGGGUCAUUACAGCAUAGGGGGGAUCCAGCAUCAGCAGCCCUUGAUGGUGAGGAACCUUCCCUGCAUUUUAAAUGGUGGUACAUGGCACGUCUAUUGCAAUGGCACAAUGCGGAAGGGCUACUUCUUCCUUCUCUUAUAAUUGAUUGGGUUCUGAAUCAGCUACAGGAAAAAGAUUUGCGUGAGAUUUUGCAGUUUCUGUUGCCAAUUAUAUAUGGCGUUUUAGAAACUGUUGUUCUAUCUCAAACGUAUGUACAUAGUCUUGCUGGAGUAGCUAUCCGUUUCAUUCGUGAGCCUUCUCCUGGUGGAUCAGAUCUAGUUGACAAUUCUCGAAAGGCAUAUACAACCUCUGCGCUGGUGGAGAUGCUUCGGUAUCUUAUAGUGGCUGUACCUGAUACCUUUGUUGCAUUGGACUGCUUUCCCUUACAGCCCUAUGUGGUAUCUUAUGCUGUAAGUGAUGGGAAUUUUAUAGCGAAGGUAUCUGGGGAUGCAGAAAAGUUGAAAACUGGUUACACAGGUUCCUUGCACAAAAGUCAUGCUAUUGAUGCUCAAUAUCAAUCCUUGGCCUUCAAUAACGUUGUUUCUUCUAUUCAGAAUUGUGCAGAUACUCUUGCAAAAGCUUCAAGUCCUGGCUAUCUGGGUCAUAAUCUGGCUAAAGCUGUUCAGUCCUUAGAUAAAUCUGUUGUACACGGAGAUGUCAGAGAGGCUUCUAAAUUGUUAUUCGAAGAUCACUGGGAUGGUGCUAUUGCUAAAAGUUGGGUUGCAGAAGUAAGCCAAUGCUUAAGGUCAUCAUUGAAGUGGAUUGGGACUAUGAAUUUGUCCUUAAUUUGUUCUAUCUUUUUUCUUUGUGAGUGGGCAACAUGUGAUUACAGGGAUUUUCGGACUGUUGCACCUACUAACAUUAAGUUCUCAGGCAGAAAAGAUUUUUGUCAGGUAUAUAUUGCAGUACGAAUUUUAAAGCUAAAGAUAAAAGAUUUGCAAAGUUCAUCUAGAGGCAAGAGUGGAAGCACCCUUGGUGUUAGUGGCAUUGGAGGAGGUUCCUCUCAGCAGAACUCUGGCAGGACAUCUGUUGGAAAUGUAUUUGAAAUUAAUGACAAUUUUAAAAGUAUGGGUGGAAGCAGUGUAAAUUCAGAUAUAUUUGACAGCCCUGGCUCUUUGCAUGAUAUCAUAGUCUGUUGGAUUGAUCAGCAUGAAGUAAGCAAUGGAGAAGGUUGCAAGCGCCUUCAGCUACUCAUAGUGGAACUGAUACGUGCUGGCAUAUUUUUACCCCAAGCAUAUGUGCGGCAGCUGAUAGUAAGUGGAAUAAUGGAUAUGAAUGGGCCACAGGUUGAUCUCGACAGACGAAAGAGACAUUACAGAAUCUUGAAGCAAUUGCCUGGGCUAUUUAUCUGUGAUGCUUUGGAAGAAGCAGGGAUUACUGAAGGGCCACAUCUUUUGGAGGUCAUGCAUAUUUACUCAAUUGAACGUCGCCUUGCACUCCGUGGAUUAUUUUUUGAUCAGCAGAAGAACUCUAAAACUGCAAAUAUAUCAGCUCGGAAGCCGAUCCAGGGAAAGGAUGGUGCUUCCCCAGCUUCGGUUGGGCAGAGGAAAGCUGCUCUGUCAUCAUCCAAUGUAUUACCCGCUAAAAAUGUUAAACAUGGGUUUGACAUUGAGGAGCUGAAGGUGGCCAUCUCAGUCCUGUUGCAAUUCCCGAACAGUUCAUCUUCAUCCAUGGAUACAGGACUUGAUGAAUCUCAAAAGAGUGCCAAGAGGGCUUUUGGGUCACUUGGUAACAAGAUGGAUCUGAUGGAAGGUACACCCGGAUGUGAAGAAUGUCCAAGGGCAAAGAGACACAAAUUACAUGAGGAAAGGAACUCAUGUUUUCAAGUUCAUUCACCUAUUCCUUCAGAUGAUGAAGAUACAUGGUGGGCAAGGAAGGGGUCUAAAUCUUUGGAGUCUUUCAAAGUUGAUGCUCCACUUAAGUCAAUCAAGCAAGUCCCCAGAAGUCGGCAGAAGACUCUGCGCAAGACUCAAAGUCUUGCUCAAUUAACAGUGGCUGCUAGGAUUGAGGGUAGUGAGGGAGCAUCAACAAGUCACUUAUGUGAUAAUAGGGUAAGCUGCCCUCACCAUAAAUCUGUAAUGGAAGAUGAGACUCCUAAGCCAAUUGGUGGAAUUAGAACAAACGCUUGUGGAGACAUUGUGGCUAUUGGAAAAACUUUAAAGAAGCUGCGUUUUGGAGAGAAGAGGACCAUUAUAGUUUGGUUAAUGACUGUUGUUAGGAAGCUUGUUGAAGAGACUGAAAAGACUCUGGUCAAGGUUCGUCAGUUUGCUAGGCCUUUCACCCCUGUUGAUGAUAGGAGCUCUAUAGGGUGGAAGCUUGGCGAGGAUGAACUAUCUGCUAUACUGUAUUUUAUGGAUCUUACCAAUGAUUUAGUUUCAGCAGCCAAAUUUCUCCUUUGGUUGUUUCCAAAGGUACUUAGUAGCCCCAAAUCUACAAUCCAUGCUGGUAGGAAUGCUUUGAUGCUACCGAGGAAUGUGGACAACAAAGUUUGUGAAGUAGGGGAGGCAUUUCUUUUGUCGUCCCUCCGAAGGUAUGAGAACAUACUCGUUGCAACAGAUCUUAUUCCUCAAACCUUGUCAGCCACAAUGCAUCGUGCGGCAGCAGUUAUGGCCUCAAAUGGAAGAGUUUCAGGUUCAGCAGCCCUAUUAUAUGCUCGAUAUCUGUUGAAAAAAUAUGACAAUGUGGGUAGUGUCAUAGAAUGGGAGAAGGAUUUCAAGGUGGCAUGUGAUAAGAGACUUCUUUCUGAACUUGAAGCUGGACGGUCAGCGGAUGGAGAGUUGGGGUUUACACUUGGGGUUCCUGCAGGAGUUGAAGAUCUUAAUGAGUUUUUCCGUCAAAAGAUGGUCGGUGGAGGUCGGUUAUCAAGAGUUGGUAUGAACAUGAGAGAUAUAGUGCAACACCAUAUCGAGGAUACCUUUCACUACUUCCUUGGUAAAGAUAGAAAGCUUUUGACUGCUGGUCCACCAAAAAGUCCCGUCAUUGACAAGUGGGAUGACGGGGAUCAGGUGGCUCAACUAAUAGUUACGGGAAUAAUGGACUGUUUUAGGCAGACUGGUGGUGCUGCUCAAGAAGGGGAUCCAUCUUUGGUGUCUUCUGCUGUUUCUGCCAUCGUUGGCAAUGUUGGACCAACUAUAGCGAAAAUGCCUGAUUUUUCAGGCAUUAAUAAUGCAAAAUUUUCAUCUGCUACAGGGUCAUUGAAUUUUGCUAGGCACAUUUUGCGCAUCCAUAUAACAAGCCUACGCCUGCUUAAGGAAGCUCUUGGAGAGUGCCAAAGCUGUGCAUUUGAGAUAGCUCUUGCAACAGAAGCUUCUUCAGUUCUUGCGGGAGUUCUUUCACCUGGAAAGGCAUCUCGCACACAGUUUCAACUGUCUCCGGAAGCUCAUGAUUCUAAAACAAACAUGUCUAAUGAAGUUUUGAACAGUUCUACAAAACUACUUGGAAGAGCAACAAAAAUCGCAUCUGCUGUUUCUGCACUUGUGAUUGGGCUGGUUAUUCAUGGGGUUACUAGCCUGGAGAGAAUGGUGACUGUCCUCCGCUUAAAGGAAGGAUUGGAUGUAAUUCAAUUUGUGAAGAAUACAAGAUCCAGUGCAAAUGGUAAUGCCCGUUCAGUUGGGGCUCCAAAGGUGGAUAACUCGGUUGAAGUUAAAGUGCAUUGGUUUAGGCUGCUUGUUGGAAACUGUAAAACUAUUUGUGAUGGAUUGAUUGUAGAACUCUUGGGUGAACCAUGCAUAUUGGCUCUUUCACGGAUGCAGCGAAUGCUUCCUCUUAGCUUAGUCUUUGUACCUGCCUAUUCAAUAUUUGCUUUCAUGUGGUGGCCAUUCAUUGUGAACACAAACCUUGCAAACCGUGAAGACAUCAACCAAUUAUAUCAAUCUUUAACAGUGGCCAUAGUUGAUGCUAUAAAACACUUGCCUUUUCGAGAUGUAUGUUUGAGGGAUAGUUGCGGUUUCUAUGAUCUUGUUGCUGCAGAUGCUAUUGAUGCUGAAUUUGCAGCCAUGCUAAAUUUAAAUGGUUCAGAUAUCCAUUUAAAAUACAUGGCCUUUGUUCCUCUCCGUGCUAGGCUCUUCCUAAAUACCAUCAUUGACUGUAAAAUGCCACAGUCACUAUUUGUACCGGAGGAUGGGAAUUGGAGUUUCGGACAUGGUGAAUCAGAAGUUCAAUAUUCAGAUAAAGAAACAAAGCUUCUGGACAAGCUCGUGCAUGCCUUGGAUACCCUGCAACCUGCAAAAUUACAUUGGCAGUGGGUGGAGCUCCGGCUUCUUUUGAAUGAACAAUCACUCCUUGAAAAACUUGACAGCCAUAAUAUGUCCUUAGUGGAUGCUUUACGGUCAUCCUCGCCUUCUGGAAAAGCUGCUGCUUCUGAGAAUGAGAACUAUUUUAUUACCAUUAUCCUCACAAGAUUACUGGUCCGACCUGAUGCAGCACCUCUUUUUUCAGAGGUGGUUCAUCUUUUUGGACAGUCAUUGGAAGAUUCAAUCUUGCUGCAAGCUAAAUGGUUCCUAGGAGGACCAGAUGUUCUUUUUGGUCGGAAAACAAUCAGACAAAGGCUAAUUAGUAUUGCUAAGAAUGAAGGUUUUUCAUCAAAGGCCAAGUUUUGGAAGCCUUGGGGCUGGUGUAAUUCUGGAUCUGAUUCCAAGAGGGGAGGCAAGAAGUUUGAAGUCACCUCUUUCGAAGAAGGAGAGGUUGUUGAAGAGGGAACAGACUCAAAAAAGUAUGGAAAAGGGUCUACUAAAAAAUUGGACAUGGAAGGUUGCAAUGUCCGCCAGCAGCAAGUUACUGAGAAGGCUCUCAUUGAAUUACUUAUUCCUUGUAUAGAUCGAAGCUCUGAUGAAUCACGGAAUACCUUUGCAAGUGAUCUAAUCAAGCAGUUUAAUACUAUUGACCAACAAAUAAAUGCAGUUAUUCGUGGGGCAAGUAAGCAGGCAGGGACAAUGCCUUCUGGAAUUGAAGGACCAGUAAACAAAGGAAAUAAUCGCAAAGUUAUAAGAGGUGGCAGUCCUGGAUUAGCUAGACGUCCUACAGGCACAACGAACUCUGCUCCUCCCUCCCCUGCAGCUUUGCGAGCUUCUAUGUCGUUGCGCUUACAGUUACUCCUCAGAUUUCUUCCAAUCAUUUGUGCAGAUGGGGAACGGCGGAAUAUGAGGCAAAUGCUUGCCCCCAUAAUACUUCGUCUCCUUGGAAAUCGAGUUGUGUAUGAAGAUGCUGACCUUUCAUUUUAUCAAACACAGCCUGCAACCAAGAUGGAGGUGGAGUCCUCUGCAGAAGCUUCUUCAGCAGCCUUGGCAGGUUUUUCUGGCGAUAGUCUCUUUGAUUGGUUACUGUUGGUUUUGCAUGGGUUGUUGAGUAGUUGCCAGCCUAGUUGGCUGAGGUCAAAGCCUGACUCCAAGUCAAGCAAUGAAUUUACCAAAGAAUCUCCUGGAUUUGAUUGUGAGGUAGCAGAGGCUCUGCAGAAUGACUUGUAUCGGAUGCAACUGCCUGACACAAUUCGGUUGCGAAUUCAGACUGCAAUGCCUAUUCUUCUUCCUUCUGUUUGUUUCUCUGUCUCUUGCCAGCCACCAUCUGUUCCUUUUGCUGGCCCUGCUUUGCUUCAAUCCCGCAUCUCCUUACCUGGAGCUCAUUCAUGCCCUCCUCAGAGGAAUAUGGGUCUUUUGGCACGAACUGCAACCAACAUUUCAGGGAAAUUCAAGCCUUCGCUCUUGCAGCUGGAUCAUGAUAUGGAAAUUGACCCAUGGACUCUCUUGGAAGAUGGCGCAGGCUGUGGGCCAUCAUUGAGUAACACUGCUGUGAUAGGUAGUGGUGACCAUGGUAAUCUUCGAGCAUCCAGCUGGCUCAAGGGGGCAGUGAGGGUGAGGCGGACAGACCUCACCUACACUGGUGCCAUGGAUGAUGAUAGCUGAUAACAUGAUUACUUCAUUCUUAAUUUGGCUGGAGUAUAUCUAUCUCUCAGCACGUAAUUGAAGGUUCUAAUUUAGUAUGCAUAAUUGGCAUCAAGAUUAGCAUUGCCUUUCUUGCUUUUGAUGAUGAAAGAAACUGUUGAGAGGGAUAUUUGUUGGGGUUUUGCGGUCCUUGUGACAGAAGUUUGAAGAUAAUGUUCUAACACAGCCCAUCGGAUUGAGUCUCGGGCCUUCCUGACUACUAACCCUUAAAUCACCCCCAUACAGACUGCAUUUUCCAAGUUCAGUUUGGGGUGCUUGUAUAUAUAGAGAUAUUGUUUCACUUUACCAAUUGAUCUCAGUAAAAUAUCUCAAGAAUGAUCUGUAGCGGUUCCACGCUCAUCAAUCAAUUUUUGGUUUGAUCUC